AUGGCGGUGGUGGCGGCGGCGAGGAAGGGCAGGCUGAGGCAGCGGUACGACGGCGAGUACCGCCUCGUGGCCGGGUGCGUGCCGUACCGGGUGCGGGCGUCGGGCGGCGGCGGCGAGGUCGUCGAGGUGCUCAUGGUGUCCACGCCCAACCGUGCCGACCUCGUCUUCCCAAAGGGCGGGUGGGAGGACGACGAGGACGUGCACGAGGCGGCGUGCCGGGAGGCCAUGGAGGAGGCCGGCGUCAGGGGCCACAUCGACAGAGUGUCACUGGGGCUGUGGGUGUUCAGGAGCAAGAGCAGCAGCGGCGGCGGCGGCGGCGAGAUGAGCACGAGCCCCCGGGGCGCGUGCAAGGGCUACAUGUUCGCGCUCGAGGUCACCGACGAGCUGGAGCGGUGGCCGGAGCAGGACACCCACGGCCGCCGCUGGGUCUCCCCCGAGGACGCCUUCGGGCUCUGCCGCUACGACUGGAUGCGCGAGGCGCUCGCGGCGCUGCUCGCCCGCCUGUCGCCGCCGGCGCCGGCGCCGGCGAGCCUGGUCCUGCCGCCGUCCGCGCCCGAGCCGGCCGGCGUGUACGGCAUGGCGAUGCUCAACGCCGCCGCUGAUCGGGCACUGGCGCUCUGCUGAUCGUGGUCGCUGUCAGUGAUCUGUCACUGAUGACAAGUUCACAAAGGCAAAAGAAUCAGCUAUCUCCUUCCCAAAAUGUAGCUAUCCUGAAUGAACUAUAUCCAGAUUGGUAAUACUAGAUGAGUCAAAUCCGAUACUAGCUAGCUACGCUUUGGGACGGAGGGAGUAAUGGUCCAUCCUAUCUUCUUUUUUCAGCUAAGUUUCUAGUAAUGGUCCAUCUAUCUUCUUUUUUCAGCUAAGUUUCUAGUAAUGGUCCAUCUAUCUUCUUUUUUCAGCUAAGUUUCUUUCUUUUUGAUGAGCUUCUCUUCUUAGUGCAUCUGCAUGCAAAUGAAUGCACGCUAAUAACAGUUGAUGUUUUUGAGUGAGAUCGUCGUCGUAAGGGAGUCUCAGCCACAGUCAUUUUCCCCUCAACAUGGUAUUGGUUGGCCUCUCAAGGCAGGGUGAAAAUAAUUGUUCAGUUCCCUGGCUUUCAAUAGAGGCAGUGUCUGUAAACUUGCAUGAUCAAUCCAGUGGCCGUUGCUGGGGUUCUAUUUGUGUCUAAUGUGAAAACUCGUCUUAGGCCCAACUGAGUUUUUUUUUGUCUCCUGUAAAUGUUCUGUUCUCUCUGUCUUCAGAUGAGUUUCCUGAAGUCGAUGAGUGAUUGUGAAUACAGAUUUCUUGCCUUUUGGU